AUUCCUUUUUUCAAAGAUGCUAAAUAAUUCCUUUAAUCAUUAUUUUAUGGUAACACAUCAUUUCAAGGAAUUUAAUGGAACAAAUAAUGCAGAGUUGAGAUUUGAAUCUCAAAUUACUUUACGAAGGAGAAAACAAAAAACCGUAAGACAAAGUAAAAGAGUAACAGUAAUACGACGCCGUGUUCCCACUGAAGAGUCACGUUACACAUUGACCGCCUUGCGAAGGAAACAGAGGGACGACGACGGCGACGAAGCAGGCGAGCCACCGCCGUCUCCGCCGAGCCUCCCGCGACCUUCUACAUCGCCGCCGAGCAGCAUUCUCUCGAAAUAAUCCACGCAGAACAACGAAAGAGACAGCUGCACCUCGUGCCGGCUCACAACGCCGGAGUCCGAGUCGCCUAACCGCGACGACAGCCGCACGGGGCGGACGCAGGCCAUGUAGAGGCUCCGGUACCCGCCGAGGGCGGCGACGACCGCCCUCACGCGAUCGGGCGGGCGCGGCGCGUGACCGCGGAAGCAGAGGUUCUCCCAAAUAGACUGGGUCCGAGAAACGGCGCACCAGAGCAUGCAGACGCAGGCGGCCACGCCCAGGGAUGGCGCGUCGAGCUUCUUCAAGAUCUCUACAACAAUGUCCACAUUGUCGUUGAUGCAAAACCUGCUUCUAUUAUCUUCCAAUUCUUCUUCUCCUCCCUCUUCUACUUUAUGUUGUUGCUCUUUAAGCUUAAAGUGAACCAUUUUAAUUGAGAUGUUGGCGACUGGAAUGUAAGAUGGAAACGGAUACAAUUGAGUGACCGUGGAGGCGUGGAUUAUAUAC